GGAUCAGGCAUCUGCGAACGGGAAGGAGGUUGACGUGUUUUCCGCAGGCUUGACCGGGGAAAGUUGUUUCCUGAAGUUGACAGCGUACUGAUGGUUUCCACACCAACCCCCCUCUGCUUGCAGAAAAUUGACUGAAAAGAAUUUUUAGGACGUUUCUUAGAUAUAAAAAAAAAAAAAAUCUCACCGGAGCCCUGCGUCCUCUGAUGGAGCUGUCUGACGAGAAGAUGAGCUCCAAGAAUGAAGACACAGUGGUGAGCCUGCAAGCUCAGCUAGCUGAGAGCCGAGCUCAGGUCGAACACUGGCAGGGCGUGGCGACAAUCUGUGAGCUGAGCAAACAGGAGGAACUGGCAGAGCUGCAGAAACAAUGUGAUCAAGAGAUCCAGUCUCUGCAGGAGGCUCUUAGAGAGACAGCAGCACAGUACGAGGCAAGAAUCGCUGUUUUACAGUCUCAGCCUGUGGACUGGAGGAGAACCAGUGGACCAAACGUGAUAAGUAGCAGGAAGGGUAGGGUGGAUGCAGAAAUCCCCACUAAAGAUUCCCUGACAUCGGUCACCAACAGCCCAACAGAGGAUGAAGUGACGUCGUCGACGGACCGGAUUCUAAGCCGACCAGGAGAGCUGGAGGCGGUGGCCGAUGCAGAAGGAGCCCCGCUGUCCACAGAGGGAUAUUUUUCACUACAGAACUGUGACUCGGCCUCAUUGUCCUCUUUCUCCUUGGACACACCCUCCUUGCCCAGAAAACUCCUUGCUCAGGAAGACACAGACUCGCUUGUGUCCACAGGAACUCUGGUGCCUGAAGCCAUUUACCUCCCACCAGCUGGACAUCGGCUGGUCACACACAGUGAGUGGGAUUCACUCAAUGCACAGUUAUCAGAGCUGCGAGGGGAAGUAAGCCGGCUGCUGGCUGAGAAGGAGGAGCUGGAAAAAGAACUGGAAACACAGACCAACCACACACACAAACAGGUAACAAUGCUGCAGUCUCAGGUCCAGGCUUCAGAAGCUCUCCUCCAGGAUUUGCAGAAAUCUUUUAAUCAAUCACAGAAUGCAGUUCAGAGCCGACUGGCAGAACUGUCCCUUUCUCAGCGUAAGAUGUGCAGUGAUCUGUCCAGACUGAAAGGAGAAGAGGUUCAGGAGGAUAUUCCAGACACCAGCUCAGCAUUCCCUGCAACACUGCAUCAGGGGGCACAUUGUGAGGAGCGACUUCGCAUUGAGAUCGUUAACCUGAGGGAGCAGUUGGAGACCCGGACUGAGGAAAAUGAAGUUUUAGAGGUGCAGCUUUCCACUCUGAGUACGGAGACAGAGAAGAUCCAGGCUCAGAAGGACCAGUUGCAGGCUGAGCUGCUGGCCUGCCGCUCUGAACUGGAUGCCCUGCGGGUGGCGCUCAAACACGUGCAGAGUACCAGCAAAACCCUGAGCAAUGAUAAAGCAACUCUGAACCAACAGUAUCUGGAGCUGCGUAGCCAAGUGAUCAGCCUCCGCUCUCAGCUUGACACCAGCCAGGCUGUGCAGAGAGACUUUGUCCAGCUCUCCCAGUCACUGCAGGUGAAGAUGGAGUUGGUUCGACAGGCGGAGAGUCUGGAACAGGUCAGAGAAAUCCUGGAGGAGGGAGCCAGCGAAGCUGCUUCCCAGCCUGCAGACGCCUCGUGAGUUUUAGAAACCGAACAGGAACCGAAGGGCACAGACCAAUAUUAAGCUUUCCGAAAGAGACAAGAGAGAUCGGCUAACCACAUGAAGUGCAGAGACUCUGCUAGAGUAACCGAAGCUGGCGCUGCUACUGCUUGUAUUAUGACACUGGAACUGAACAGAAACAUUAUGAUCUUCUCUGUCUCUCAGAAGAUGGUUUGAAUAGUGAAGGAAACUGUUUCUUAGUGACCAAAGUGUGAUGAACCAUAAAUGCUUUGAUGACAGUGAAGCUUUCUCACACCAUUUCAUAUGAUGUCUAUUUACAUAUUUCUCUGUAGAGCACUACUGCAUACGGAAAGCUGGUCUGUUUGUAAAACUGACGUCACUCCAGCAAAACACUCAACUGUAUCCAACACUUUAUUUUUUUACUGUACUAGCAAUUAACCUGCAAAUAAUCUAUAUUUUUCUGCAUCUUUGUAAAGAAGGACCUCUUAAUGCACUGGAGCAAGGUGCAAUAAUGAUUCAUAAAGUGAUGCAAAAUAGUCUGUUCUAUAAUAUGUUUUGUCAUUUUAGUAAGAUUAUCAUUAACAUUCCUGUCUUUAUGAUAACCAAACAUCCUGUAGAUUUCAUCCUGCAGACAGUGACUGAAUCAGGAAUGGAGAAAACUAGGGAAUGGUGUAUUUGUUGAGAAAUAUAACUAACAUCUUGAUGUUUUGAUUUGUGUAAAUACAGAAAACAAAUCAUUUGUCA